AAAAUCACUUCCAGUAGAUCCUUAGUGUGGAACAGCCACCCUGAAAAUGGUCAAGGACAACAGCGACAGCGAACACCUCUCAAGCGUGCCCCACGAACGCAACGAACCACGUCCCGACUUCUCCAAACAACCUCUCCCACGCAAGCCCCUCCCCAAAGACCUCCAAGAUGUCCUCAACAGCGAGGAACGUCUCUGGGACAUUGUCACAUCUCCCGACGCCCCCGAAACUACAGACUCCUCCGUCCGCUAUGCAGCCUACGCAUCCCGCUUACGAACCAUCAUGCUCUCCGCCCAUCGCUACGUAGCCUACACAUCCGACAUUGGAGAGUCCUUCCGCCCUGUCGCACACCCGUGGCUCAUAAAGGGCGCCUACGGUGUGAGUUGGGCGUACUUGAUUGGAGAUGUGUCGUAUGAAGGUGCUAAGGCGUAUAAACACAACCAAGCCAUUCGAAACCCCACUACCGAAGAGGAGAUUUCUGCAGUAGCGGCGCGGCCGGGUGGGAAAGUCGUGCCUGCGAUUGAAGAUUACAGAGCUGUCAUGGCAGAACGUGCGGUGUUCCAGAGUGUGGCCAGUAUGGGUCUGCCGGCUUUUACCAUUCAUUCCAUUGUGAGAUAUUCGGGGAGGGCGAUGAAGAAUGUGAAGAAUGUGAAGUUGAGGACUUGGGGCCCUAUUGGCCUGGGCCUGGGGUUUGUGCCUGCGUUGCCAUACAUUUUUGAUGAGCCGGUCGAGAAAGCGACGAGGUGGUUGUUCCAUACGGGAUUUGAGAUGAUUGGGGGGCCUGAAGCGGUAGGGAAGGACGAGAAGGGAAGAGGUCCAGGGUUUGGCAUGAAGGAGAGGGAAAAGAAGGAGCUAUAGAAGUCUCGAGGAACCAGUGAACAGAAAACACGCAGGUGUGGUGUACAGCGACAUACAGAAGCUCAGUUCCAUGGCCAGGGAUGCUAGAUGAUAAUGCACGAAGCAUGGCGUUGGUGGUCUCAUCUUACUACUCAGUGUUGUACAUACCAUGAAUCUCAUCACUUGUUCAACCUCAGCCGCCUUGACAGGUGCCGAAUCCGCAAGACGUCC